AAUAUAACGUCACUGUCAAUCGUAAUAAACUUCAAUUCACAACAGAACGCCGGGAAGUAGUGUGUAGUCUAUUAAAAAAACAGUGCUCGUUUUGUACAAAAUAGACAACUCUAAAGACAAACUACAAAUUAAAUUUGUAACAAUAUUUCAAUAAGUGCUUCAACAUCAAAUUACAGCAAAAAUGUUUUGGGGACUAAUCGUUCAACCGAACAAAAAAUAUUCGAAAACAGUGAGCACGCCUUUCCAUGUAUCACAAGCUGUAUUGGAUGUCACCAACACACCGGGCGACUCGGAUGUUCAACUGAUUCUGAAGAGCGACAAAGUUGAUUACAUUUUGUGUAUUUUAAACAAAGCUGAAAGGGUACAGAUGCCCUUGAACCUCAUUUUCUCAGAAGGGGACGAGAUCUCCUUCCGCAGUGUCGGCGGGACUGUACAUUUGACUGGUUAUUUGGUGGAUGAACAGAACUUGCCAGAAUAUGAAGAAGAUGAAUCGAGCGACGAAGACGUUCCAACUCUUGUAGAUGCUUCCAAACAGAAGGGAAAGCGUCAAGUGAGACAAGAAAGCAGCGGUAGUGAAAAUGAAGAUUCGGCUGAAAGUGGCGAAGAGGUUGGUUCCGAUGAUGAAGAGGACGUAGAGGAUGAAAUGGAAGCCGACAGCGAUAAUGAGAGCGACGAAGAAAUUGAAGAGCCACCAGCGAAAGUACCGAAAACUAAUGGCAUGCCGAAUGGGGUAUCUAAAAAAGAGGACAAAAACAAGGACAAAAAGAAGGACGCUAAACAGAAGAAACAACAACAACAACGACAAACAGUUGAAGUUGCCGAAGAAGACGCAGCUGAAUCAAAAGCAUCAUCCCACCAAGAUCUAAAAAUUGAAGAAAUUCGGGAAGGAAAAGGUGCAGAAGUCAAGAUGGGACGAAAAGUUCAGGUCUAUUACGAGGGCCGUUUCAAAUCAAACAACAAAAUCUUCGACAAAGCAACGUCCGGCAAAGGAUUCGAGUUCACGGUUGGCCGUGGUAGUGUUAUCCGAGGAUGGGAUGUUGGUGUGCUGGGCAUGAGAGCCGGCGGUAAACGAAGACUCAUCUGUUCGCCAAGCAUGGCCUAUGGCAAAAAAGGCUCGCCGCCGGCCAUACCACCGAACGCAACAUUAGUAUUCGAUAUUGAGAUAAGGAACGUGCACUAACCGAUCGUUCAUAAUUAUCCGAUGUUGACCGGGGCACUUUUCUUUUUUUGUUUAAAUAGUUUUUGUUUCGGACUUAAGAAGACUUACAUUCACAAUUUUCAUUUUCACUGCAUUUUUAUCAGCCAUCCCACUCAUGAGAAAAUUGAAAAUCUUUUAACAUAAAAUACAAAAAUCAAAUCAAAA